AUGGCAGAGUCGAUGGAUAUUACGAUUAGUGAUAUUGGUAGCUGGAUUGCGUCUGGUGCUAUGAUAUUUGGUGGAAUAGUUCCUUAUAUUCCACAAUACAGAGAAAUAAAAAAAAAGGAAGAUGCUGAUGGAUUUUCUCUUUAUGUUUGUCUGGCGCUUUUAAUCGCUAACACUCUGAGGAUAUUAUUUUGGUUCGGAAAACGUUUUGAAUUACCUCUUCUCUUCCAAAGUAUUUUAAUGAACAUAACAAUGUUAUUCAUGAUAAAAUUAUGCGUGAAUAUCAAUACCAAAAAUCAGAUAAUCAAACUAAAGGAUCGAGUAUUCACAGAUUUGGACAUUAAAUACUUUUGGAAAUGGACAGACUUCCAGUCCUAUUUGGAUUUUGUCUUGCUAGUCGGAGUUAUUGGAGGAGUUGCCAUGUAUAUAUUUGUCGAUUACCCGAUAUUCGUUGAAACAGUCGGCCUAUUAGCAGUUUUAACUGAAGCGAUGCUUGGGGUUCCUCAGUUUUUGCGUAAUCUUGAUAACAAAUCCACUGAAGGAAUGAGUAUCUGCGGGGCUCUACAAAUAAUUGUUGACUUAGGAAUUUUAUUACAAGUGUACAUUUAUAGAAAUAAAACUCCUGUAAGACCGGUGCUACGAACAGACUGA